AACAAUCCAACACGCUAUAAAAGGCAAUAGCAAGGACAAGAUCUUCAUUCGAAGACGAUUGUCUUUAACAAAGACGAAGAUGAAGACGUUAGUAUUCGCCGGGCUGCUCUGCUUGAUAGCCUUUGCUGUGUCCGAAGAUGACGACCAGACGAUGGCAUUGAAAUACUUGAACCAGUUCCACUACAUCUCACCGGCAAGAUCUGGAAACCACAACGUGAAGACGGCUCUGGAGAAAUUCCAGUCAUUUGCUGGGCUCCCUGUGACGGGGGAGAUUGACGCUGCCACCAUCGCCCAGAUGAAGAUGCCGCGAUGUGGAAUGCCUGAUGUGGAUGACGACGGACUCAGAAUUCGAAGAUAUAAACUUGGGAGCAAGUGGAACAAGAAGCAUCUUACAUACCAUAUCUCGCAUGGCCAAGAUCUUUCGAGUUCAGUACAGGAUCGAGUCUUCGCCAAAGCUCUCGAUUACUGGGCCCGCGUAUCUGGACUGACAUUUUCUCGCACAAUGGACGGAGAAAAUGCUGACCUCAAAAUCAGCUUUGGACCCAAGUCUCACGGAGGCACCCAUGAUCCCGAGGGUACAUGUUCUUACCCCUUUGAUGGGCCUGGGGGUGUCUUGGCCCACGCUUUUUUCCCCCGUAACGGCCGCGCCCACUUUGACGAGGACGAGGAUUUCACGGACGGGACCUACGAAGGCACGAACCUGCUCUGGGUGGCGACGCACGAGUUCGGCCACUCCCUCGGUCUGCACCACAGUGAUGUGCGAGAUGCGGUCAUGUACCCGUACUACACGGGCUACAAGCCAGGCUUCGACUUGAAGGCUGAUGAUAUCGCGGGAAUAAGGGCUCAUUACGGAGACGAAAACUCCGGUGGCUCUCAACCCUGUGUCGACAACAAUCAAAGCUGCCCAGACUGGACCAUCUAUUGCACAAAUAACGAAUACGUCAUCGCCAAUUGCAGGAAGAGUUGCGGAAGUUGCUGAGUGAUGUCACUUUAUUGUAGAAUUAAUGUUUGCUGAAUAAACAAAGCAAUCUGAGA